AGUCAACAAAUACUAAACGUCACAAUAUUCGAUUGAGCAAGUCCUCAUCUCAGCGUUUCUAUUAAAAGCCGCAAAACAUAGUGAAUACCCCUCUCCUCAACCACCAAACAACAUCUUAAUUUCCAGCUCGACACAAUUUGCCCAUCCAAUAUUGUCGUCCCAUCUCAUCUCGACACUUCCCAGUAUUUGUCAUUUGUCAAAAACCACAACACUGCCUCCUCCCGACCUGAAGCAAUCAAUCAAAGGCUCAUCUUACAAAUCCAAAUCCAAACCCCAAUCCCCUUUGCUUGCCUCCCUCAAUCACGCAAUCAAACAAUCUCCUAUUUAUCACCCGAGCACAAACAAAAUUACUCGUCCCCAAAUAGCAUACAAAACCCAAACAUGAAACAUUCAAAAACCCAGCCCAGCACCAGCUGCUGGUCCUCCCUCCUCAACUGCUUCUCCACCCGGCCUUCUCCCCCUGGAUCGCCUGUCCUCCCACCUAGACGACCGUCCGAGACUUCGGUGAAGAGUCUGAAAGCGCUUUCUAUUCCUUUACCACCUCUACCUAGUCCGAGUAUCUCCGUAUUUCGACGACGAGUGGUAUGUUCCCCUCCCCUCCCCUAUCCUUCUCCAUCCCCAUCACCCCUCCCCAUCAGAANUCCGAGUAUCUCCGUAUUUCGACGACGAGUGGUAUGUUCCCCUCCCCUCCCCUAUCCUUCUCCAUCCCCAUCACCCCUCCCCAUCAGAACACAAACUCAAAUUAACCCCCUCAAAAGUCCACAAUGCCACCCAAACCACCGUCCUCCUCACCCUCACCAUCAAACACCACCACACUCCGCACCCUCCUUCAAAAACCCUCCGCCCCCACAAAACAAGAACUCCUCACCAUCCUCAACUUCCCCUCCCCGGACGCGCAGCUGGAUACCCUUCUAAAUGACCCCCUCAUCACCGCGUAUUUCCGGAAACUACGUCGGAGACUGGGCGAGUGUGGUGGGAUCGGGACGGGAAGUCGGGUUGCGAAGGUCGAGAGGAGUGGGAGGGGGUUUGUGCUUGCAACGGGGCGGGGGAGUGAUUCUUCUUCUUUGCCUGCUUCUUCGCCUAAUUCUGAAGCUCGUGGUGGUGCUGGACGUGAUGGGAAAUCAGAACCAGAACCAAGUCCAAGUUCAGAAACUCGGAAUGAGGAUGAGAACAAACCUAUCCCCAAGGCUUCCAAAUUAAACCUGCAACUAGAUCUCAGCAAAGAAACAGCAGAAAAGGUCAUCGGCAAUGCGGUACAAAUCCUUCAGCAACAGACACCUUGGGCUUUCAAAGAUGAGGUUGCGCUGGAAGCUGAUGAACCCCGCAAGGGACGGGAGGGGGAGUAUUUCACUUGGUGGGUUGUUGUUUUUGUGGAGGGGGGUUUUUUCAAAGGUGUGGGGUCGGAUGGUGGGUUGGGAGGUGGGAAGGAGGGGGUAGGUGGUGGUGGGAUGGAGGGUGUAGGUGGAAAGGGAAAAGAUGAUUUGGAAGGUCUUUGUUGGAUUGCUUGGGGGUUUUUGGUGAGUUCUUUNUGGGAUGGAGGGUGUAGGUGGAAAGGGAAAAGAUGAUUUGGAAGGUCUUUGUUGGAUUGCUUGGGGGUUUUUGGUGAGUUCUUUUUUUUUUCAAGGAUGAUUUUGAUGGAUGGGAUGAGAGGGAGAGGGGGGGGAAAGUUAAAAGGCGUUCGCUAAUCAUUUGUGGAAUGGUAGAAAUACAUGCUCGCUACCCAGGCCUAAACUUCUUCAACUACGGAAUUAUGUAA